GACUCCGGGAGUUUCGUAUCUAGUCGUGUUUACCCAAAAUCCCUGUCCCUGUAUGGCCGGAGGGCCACCCCACCCGCCUACCCACCGAGCGGCUUACGUACGUACCUCUGUACGGAUGAUACAUGCAAAUUAUAUGGGCAGCCAAUUUGCGGGGAACGUGAUACCGGGAUGAAACGAAUUCGCGAAGCUACGACACCCGCGCAGCGUGGAUCCUAGGAGCGAAGGUCGGGGACGACUCGUCGCUCUAAUUAAGGGAAAACGCAUCAUCGGUUCGCCGGAGGCUGUGAAAUGCCCGGGGACAUUUUUUCGAAGCGAACGGAACGACGGUUACGAUGGCAUCGGUACUACGCAGCAAUUUUUUUACGUGGCUUGAGAAGUCCUUUUUUUUUGCUUCCAACGCCGGUCGAUUAGUCCGAAUCGUAGACAACUUCGGACGUCGUUGCUUCUCGCUUUGCGUGUUUCAGCCGGUAAACCCCUGUCAGGAUGGGUGGAAAGUUGGGAAAAUUGCGAUUCGUUUCUAAGCCGGUGGUCGAGCUGAAGUCCGCGGAAUACUCGUUGAUAAAAGCCGUAUGGACGAGGAUCGAAUUCGAGCCGAAGUUGCACGGCACGGGUUUUCCGUUAAAAAUGAUCCCCAAAAUCGCGAUAUUUUCCCACCGUCGCAGAUUUUUCGCCAAGUACCCGCAGUACAUAAAAUACUUUCUGACCGACCCGAUAAAGGACGACGUCAACCCCGACGCUCUCAUGGCCGUUAAAUUUACGGUGAUAAUCGAAGUCCUCGGUUAUCUGGUACUGGAUUUUUACAAAAAACCGAAACGUUUCAAUCAACUGAUCGGUUACAUCGGUAUGAUCCACAAGGACAUGAAUCUCGACGCGGACGACAUCAACGUGCGUCUCACCAUCCCCAAAAAAAAUAAUUAGUCAACAAAAUAUCAUUACCCUAUAAAACCAAAACAAAACAAAACAAAACAAAAAAAAAAAAACAAAGAACACCCCCUGAUGUGAGCAGAAUUUUUUUACGGCCCUCGUCGAUUACCUGAGGGACGUGAUGAGCGACCUUAUGACCGAGAGGUGCGAGGCCGUGUUCUUUGAAUUUUUUCGCAACGUUCGCGAGCUGAUGAUAAAGUCCAUGGAGGAAGAGCGUCGUCGUUCCGUUGAACUCGAGGACGAGGACGUGGUCGCGCCUUCGAACUUGGAAUCGCUCGUAGUAAGUGCAGUUCAGCGGCGGUGCAACGUUCCACCUCGGGUUCGUGCUCAGGUGGUCGUAAGAACGCGUGAAAAAUGGUCCGCAAGGAUAACGGUGGGAAGGAUGGAAAAUUGCACGUCCCGAAAAGCAGCUGCGAGAGCAGCGCGAGCUAGGAUGAAAAAUUAGGGCGUAUCGCGAGAUGAGGAAGAGUCGGGCGAAGUUAAUUUGGAAAUUUUUUCAAAUUUUCGCAGCCCUGUAGCCGCUUGCGAAAAUCCAACGGACUCGUCUACGGUCAGCCGAAGAGUUACUGGUUAUCGAGACAGCGGGAAUGGAGGGCGAAAAUCGAGUCGUGGGAGGAGGAAUUUCGGGUGGGACCGGCGACCGCGACGAACAACGCGCAAAACGCUACCGCGGAGAGCACGUCGUCCGACGACGACGCUCUAGAAAGAUUUAAAACGCGCGAUGCCGAUUCAGAACCGGAUACGCGCAACAGUUACCACGACGAAGAGAAACGUCGCGACUCCUUUCGCAUGCAACGAGCGAGAUACUUGAACGUAAGAGUCCCGGAGCAGCGGUGCAAAUUUCCCCCACAGUUCCCGAACACUCGCUCCACCGCUUAUAACGAAUUCGUUCUAAAUUCACACCCCGGCUCCGUUAACCACCCCCCACCCUCCUAUUUUCGUUUUUUCGAUAGACCGGACGCCUAGUUUCGAUACCGCAUUUCGACAGACUGGUGCCGGAAUCAUCCGACAUGUCCGCGCUGAACGAAAGAGAAGAAUCCGACCUGAUGAACUACGCUGCCGAACGAUCAGCCGGAAAUAUCAAACUUUCGCCGAGAGAACGACAUCGCGCCCAAGGCGAGUGGCCCCGCAAAAAUUUUUUACGAACGAUCGAUCGUCAUUUUCGGGGAAAAUUGAGAGACGAUUUUACGAUUCCUUUUAGUCGCGGCGUUGAAAUCGCUGCAGCCAAGACCGUCGAGACGUUUGAUUUCGAGCACCGAUACCGGAAGUCCGAGAUGGUCGGACGGAUCUUCGGCGAGAGAACGACGCCGAUCUACGUGGAAUUAGACUAAAGAGAAAUAUCAUCGGCGGAAAGGACGUAGGAAGUCGUUUUGUUUUUUUGUUCUCUUUACAAUUCGAAGACAACUUCUCUGCUAUGAUAAAACUGUUUGGAAUGAAAUAUCAACGAAUUGUAUCAUUGCGACGUAAAUAAUUUCCAAAAUUCAUUGGAAUUUAAUGGGAGGGAAAUUCGGGAUUCUCCGUGAAAACUGUAGGCGAGUCGGUCCUCUGAAAUUGAACGCGAAAGAUUACGCGUCGCUGAGAAAAUUGUGGUUCGAGGUCGAAGCUAACCCACAAAAAUACG